CUGUCGCUCAGCUGUGAACAAACGAUUGCACCUGCGCAUUUUUCACUUCCAGAGGCCGAGAAUAAAAAUAUCCGUUGGAGUGGAAAAGCCGUGGAAAUAUUUCACCCAUGGCUAUUGACCAGUCAGCGCUCCUUUUACAAAGGCAGCUACGUGAUAUGAUAAAGAAUCCUGUUCCUGGAUUCUCUGCAGGACUGGUUGAUGAUGAAGACAUUUACAAGUGGGAGGUUGUUAUAUAUGGUCCUCCUGAUACACCAUUAGAAGGUGGUGUUUUCAAAGCUCAUUUGACAUUUCCAAGAGAAUAUCCACAGAAACCACCAAAAAUGCUGUUCUUAUCAGAGAUGUGGCACCCAAAUAUUGGCCAAGAUGGACUUGUUUGCAUUUCAAUUCUCCACGAGGCCGGUGAAGAUAAGUGGGGUUACGAGUCUGCCUCAGAACGAUGGCUGCCAGUACAUACAGUAGAGACAAUUCUUAUUAGUGUUAUUUCAAUGUUAGCAGAUCCUAAUGAUGAAUCACCAGCUAACGUAGAUGCUGCCAAGGAAUGGCGGGAAAAUAGAACUGUUUUUAACAAAAAAGUAGCUAAAUGUGUACGAAAGAGUCAAGAUGAAUUUUUAUAACACAGGAUGUAAUAUUGCAUUUUCCUCAGAUAUCAUUUUCAGGAAUCUUACCAAUUAGUGGCCUAAAAAAAGACAAUUGGAAUAAAAAGCUGUAAAUUUCAUUGCGACGACAUUAAAACCAGACACAUGAGGAAUUUAUUCUCAGGUCAUUGUUAUUGUUUCACAGAUUUGCUCAUAUCCUCAUCUUGUAUAUAUAUAUUCAUUGUUUAAAAAUCUGUGAUCUCUUCAAGGUUGUCUUUGACUUAAGGGUUAUGGUUCAAUUUAGUAUAUAAUUUGGUUUAGACAAGGUUAGGGAUUAGGAUAAGAAAAAUAGAAAGGUCAGGGUUAGGAUUUGUUUAACAAGUAUUUAGGUUUAGUAGAUUCCCUUAAGACAAAGAUGACUUAUAGUUACUAUCAUUUUAAAUAAAUGCUGCUUUUUUAUUUACUGCGAUUUAAUAUUUCUUGAAUUAUUACAGCAUUUUUUAUAAUCAAGAUAAGAAAUACUGUGGCAGCUCAAAAAGGUCUUCUAGAAAUAAGUUCUGACCAAUACCUCAAUAUUUAAACAUAAGUUAACUGUUCAAAAGGUCAAGUCAAUAAACAUUCUACCUAGAGGUGUAUAGUUAACAUGGUUAAAGUCAGCUGUUCAAUAAAAAAGGGGAAGCUCCACAAAAUUUAAGUGGAAGAUCCAUAUAUUUAUGUAUGAUAAAAAUUUGUUACUGAAUGCAAUGAUAGUACUGAAUUAUAAACAUUUUUCAUAAGCUUUCAAUACUAGUUUUAAUUUUAAUACAUACAAAUUAACACAAAGAAAACUACGAAUAUUUUAUACCCUGAAAUGCAUAGAUAGCAAAUUUAAAACAAUGGUCUUUAAAAUCAUAAUUGCAUUGUAAGCCACUUAAGAAUAUUGCAUUAACAUCUACAUUAUUCAAAUCAUAUAUACAAGUUAAAUACUUAUUUUAAAUAUUGCUAUCCAAUACCUAGUCUGAACUCAUAUAUAUGAAAUUUACACUUUAUAUGUCAGUAAAUGAUUUCAUUGUCAACGAUUAUAUUUGCAUAUGACGAAUAUAUUAAAUCAUCACAACAAUAUGCAAUUAAUUAUCAGAUAUUCAUUAUCAUCUUUCUGCUUUGCACAGAAUAAGAGAGUUAUAAUGGAAUGUUUGUUUGUUUGUUUGGUCAUGUUGAGAAAUUUGUUUCAUCUGUGAGCUUGACAAAGUAGAUGUUAAAAGUUUUCAGAUGUGACAUGCAGAUCAAUCUUGUUAUGUUGUAUGUUUAUGAUUAUAGAUUGUUUUAGUUUUGGCUGACCACACUUUAUAAAAAUGAAAUGACAAGAAUUUACAUUUUUUUUUUCAAAUGUGAAAAAUAGGAAUCUUUUAAGUUUUGUUUAAAAAUAUUGUCGAAAAAAGUGUGUUGUGAUUUUUAUUUUGAAUUGUACUGUGAUAAAAGUUAUUAUUAAUUUUUGCUAAAAUAUGUUCCUAAUAUUAUUCUCCAGAAAUAAUAAAGAUCACAAUAUUCCCCAUUUAAGUCAUAAUCCAUAGGGUUUUUCAAAAUUAAUGUUGAGCAGCCAGUUGCCUGAGAUAAUGAUGUUAUUUAUACUAAAUGCAUUUGUUUUUCUCACAAAGAUUAUAUUUUAUUAGAGUUUCUUGAUUUUUUUUAUUGAAUAAAGAGAGAAAUUGUGCAAAUUUUCUCUUCAAUGAUGGAAACGACGUGUACCCUUAUUCAUAAUAAAUAGUUCUUUUACAUUAGUAUCAAAAUAGUGUAUUUAUUUCAAUGCUUAAUGUAUAGAAAAAAAUAUUUUUAUACAACUAGUGCUAUUUAUUUUUGCUGGAAAUUGUAUUGAUUGUUUGUGAUGAAAAUGUGAAGGCCAAACAAAAUUAAUAAUUAGAUUUUAUUGACAGUUUGUAAAAGAUUAGAUCAAGAAGGUAUGCAGACAUACUUUUUUUUUGCAUAAGAAUUUCUAAAACAUCAAGUAAAAUCUGCUGUCAGAGGUUAGGUGUAUUAUUUUUGAACAUUUGUUCUAGAUAUAAUAAACCAACAAAAUUGACUGUUAGUAGAUUAGUUUGGUACUGCAGAAGCUAAAUAUUUGUUUUUUCUUUGGCCUUGAGUUUGCAGAGCAUUUUAUUUCAUGUUGAGCUAGUAGAGUGAAUGAAAUAUUUCUCAGAUUGUCUAAAGUUCUUAAAAUGUCAAAUUCCACAAUUCUUAAAUGUAAUAGGAUAAAUAAUUUUAUUUUACCUUGCAAAUUUAUACUUUACCAAACAAACAAAAAAAGGCUUUUGGAUUCAUUUUUAAAGUUUUAGAUCACAAAAUUAGGAAAUUUGAGAAAUGACAGUGAAAGUUAACUGUUUUAUAUAAAUUUACAAACUCUAAGACUCUGUGUGAUUUAAAAAGAGACACAACGUUCUGAAGAGGGUUAUUUGUCAAUAUUUCAUAAUUUGUCAUUGUAAAUACAUGUAUGAGAGAAUCCAUCAUUGUGAAUUAUUUAUGUUUGAAAUAAAAAAAAAUGCACAACUA